AUUAAGAAUAAGAGUAGGCACGGAAUAUUUGUAGAGAAACCUCUUCUAUCUUUUCCUUCGAAGAAGAAACCUCACUGACACACGAGUUCUGAGAAAACCAGAGAACAAAAUCUCUGAUAUUUUCCCGAAAUGCAAGAAGUUCACAUAAUGAGAUCCCACAACAACCAGAAUCUUCAUCAAAAUCAUAAUCAUGCUUUGAAGUGUCCUCGUUGUGAUUCCGUUAACACAAAGUUCUGUUACUACAACAACUACAACCUCUCUCAGCCUCGUCAUUUCUGUAAAAGCUGCCGCCGUUACUGGACCAAAGGUGGCGUCCUCCGUAAAGUCCCCGUCGGCGGCGGUUCCCGCAAAUCAAAGCACUCCAAAAACUCUAAGACGGUUUCAUCUUCCUCCACCACCAUCGCUCCAGCAGCAACAACACCACAGGAGGCGGACGAGUACAAGUCCAACAGUGAAAGCUCCGCCUUUACGACCACCGCCACUGAGGCGAUAGCUAUAGCGAAGACUCCGAUAUCAAACGCUACUAAUGAACAAGUUAAUAACUUCACGGGCCUUAUCACUCGAAGUUCAAAAAACGAUGUGUUUAUGCUUAGGAACAAUAUCAUCGAUGCGUCGUCGUUUAGGUUUGGUGUGAAUCAUCAUCAUCAACAUCAACAGCAAUACGGGAAUGAUCAGGUACAGCGUGAAGAUUCAUCGGGUUUUUGUCAGUUGCAGCAACAGAGCAGUCAUCAACGGUUGUCGUUGCUCAAUCAGCAGCAGUUAUCAAAUGGAUUUGGAUCGUUGGAUUGGCAAGGUAAUUGUUUGUUUGAUGUUCCUAACACCGUUGAUGAGUCAUACUGGACAUAUUCACAUUGGUCUGAUCAUCAUUUCAAUCACUCUUCUUAUCUUUUUCAUCUUCCAUGAAUAAGCCUCAACAAACUUCUACUCUUUUUUUUAUUAUCAAAUACUUGGUCUUUUGCUUGAAAGCAUUUUGUAUAAUUAUUACAAGAUAUAAAGAGUUGUAUAAUGUAAUCUUCUUUGUUUUUGUGUUGAUUAUGCUUUCAUGUUAAAGGGAUGUUUGCACAACUAGUGUAUGUGUUGCUUUGCCUCAUAUUAAUUUUGUUAUUUUAGA